UGGCAUCGGCAGGUUUCUAAGAAAAGUUACUUCCUGUCUUGUAGUAUUCUGUGGUCUGAUAGACGCUUUAAAGUUAAAACAGAUAUAUAUAUAUUUGAAACAAUUUGAGUGUAAAUGACUUUAUUUUGUUGUAAAACAUUAAUUUAAAUUUAGAAUACUAGUGUGGAUUAUGAUAAUUAUUUUUUAUUUCAUGAAUGAAAUAACCUUUAUCGUACAGUUAUGAUAUCCAGUGUGUGUCCACUUUCUUUUUUCCUUUUCUUUCCAACUGCUGGCCUGAAACUGCACGCUAUACCAGCGGAGGCAGAGAGACUAAAGAGACUGUACCCCGAAAAUGAACGCUUCAUUGCCAAUAUCCCCUCCAGGUAUUACGAAGUCAUCUACCCUGUACAGGUGAGACAGCACCAGAAGUUGGGUGUGCUGACCAGAGAUGCUAGUGCGAAUAAGGCAAGAGAGACUGGAAAGCAUUAUCACUCAACUUCUUUGCUUGUGAAGGCCUUCAAUUACAAAUUUCGACUUGACCUGGAACUCAACACACAUCUUUUGGCUCCAAAUUUAAUACAGAAACAUUUUCUACCAGAAGGAGCUCAGCAGAUUUCUACUCAGGAAAUAGAACAGUGCUACUAUCACGGCACGAUCAAGGAAUAUCCAGGUGGAAUAGCGGCUCUUCGAACAUGCAACGGCGUCAGUGGAGUAAUUCAUGUGGGUAACGAAACUUUUGUGAUUCACCCAUUCUAUGGAGGAGACUUAUCGCGGAAGCAUCCCCAUGUGCUUUUCCGGUUUUUUCCAGAAAAUAAAGGAAAGCAUACAUGUGGCAAUACUGGUAUGCAUGAAUGGGGUUUCAAGCAAUUCAGAAUAAGACCACCCACAAGAAUUAAGAGGGAUGUGAGACAAGUAUACAAAUUCAUUGAACUAGCUUUAGUUAUAGAUCAAGCUAUGUUUGAGAAUCGCAAUUCAACAAGGGCUGAAGUCGUUAGCGACGCUAUUCAAAUUUUGAAUUGCGUCGAUAUGUACUUCCGAACAGUAAAUACCAGAGUGUCUGUCGUAUACGUGGAGACGUGGGCGCACGGUGAUCAGAUUGAAGUCACUGCAGACGUUCGACAGACGUUGCUAAAUCUCCUGGAUUACACUUCUAGAAAAUUGUACAAAGUAGCAAAAGAUGCCACUCAUCUCAUUACAGGAAAGCAUUUCCGAGGCAGUGAAGUAGGCAUGGCCGUGCCAGACAGCAUCUGCACAGCUAAAGCAGUUGGAAUAAGUGAGGAUACUAACAUAUAUGAACCUCAACUAGUAGCUAGCACAAUAACCCAUAUGCUUGGCCACAAUUUAGGAAUGGGUCAUGAUCACUCGGAUGGGACAUCAGCAGGACCGGAGGACUGCAAAUGUCAAGACUGGUGGAGCUGUAUCAUGUCGCAGAAUAUUCUAGGUGAAAGUAAGAUCCAGCCAUAUCAUUUUUCUACGUGUAGCCUUCAGGAUUAUAUUAGGGCACUGCGAGUAGGACAUGGAAUCUGCCUGUUUAAUAAACCUAACCAAUUAGAAGAUUUCCGAACGUGUGGAAAUGGCGUGAUAGAAGAUGGCGAGCAGUGCGACUGUGGAAGCAUUGAAGAAUGCCUUCAAAGUGACCCUUGCUGUGAUCCAAUCACGUGCAAACUUCGUGUAGAAGCAGAAUGCUCUGCCGGACCUUGCUGUGAGAACUGCAAGUUGCGGCCAUCUGGCCAUUUGUGCCGUCCUGCUUUGACAGAAUGUGAUAUACCUGAGUUUUGCGACGGAAGAUCUGGACAGUGCCCCACUGAUUUAUAUAGGAAGAAUGCCAGCCCUUGCAACAAUGGAGAAGGUUUCUGUUACCAUGGUGACUGCCCUACUCCAGAUAGCCAAUGCGAAUACUUGUGGGGAUACGGGGCUGUGGCAUCUGAACAGGAAUGUUUUGCCCGUUUCAAUACGCAGGGAAGUCUAAAUGGAAACUGCGGGACUGACGGCAGAGGUGGCUACGUCAAGUGUGCAGAAGAAAAUGUCCGAUGCGGUUCGCUUCAGUGCCAAAGAGGGUCCAGAACUCCUCUGGUACCAGGUAUGGACAAGCAGUACUCGAGGACAAUAGUGUACCUUGGUGGAGCAGAAUACGAGUGCAAAGCAGUUCAGAAAUUUGACACUUCUCACAGCAAUAAAUCCAGAGCUGCAGGAUACAGCAUAGCAGUAAGCGGAGGUACUCUAAGUGUUCCCGAUAUUCCUGACUUGGGCAUGGUUCGAGACGGAACAAAAUGUGCUGAUGAAAAGAUCUGCGUCAAUCAAACAUGCGUCAGCGUGACACAGUUCAUUGAACCUGGAAACUGUCCCACAUCUCACUUGGGCCACAUCUGCUCCGGACAUGGGGUGUGCUCAAAUCUGAACAGUUGUUACUGCGAUCGUGGUUGGACAGCGUACGAUUGCAGCCAGCGGGCAGACGAGAGGGCACAUCCAGAAGGUUUGGGGCCCAUUCCCAAUCUCUUCACAACCCCCGAAGCUGCCGUACAGACCGUCGUCGCUGACUGGAAGAACAAAACAAUCAGGAGUUCCUUCGUUGUAACCAAGGGUUCAACACUUAGUACAACUUCGCUGGUAAUAGUUUUGGUUACAAUUGUAGGAAGUGUAUUUAUAUUUUUUGCUCUCCUAGCCACGUGUUACAGACGCAGCGGGAUUCUACCGAAAGGCGCCUCCGAUUAUUUGAAGAAGCGUUUCGGGAAAAAAUUGCAUAUGCCUUUAUCCGGCAAGAAGCUAGACGGUUCCCAAGAAAACGUCAAUCGUAUUAUUACUUUCGGCAGUAUGCCAUCUUACAGGGAGGACAAAUUGCAAGAGUUGCAGCGGCGAAAGCAAGACACUCCUCCUAAGUUGCCAGUGGAGAGCACGCAGCCGACAGGCGAAACUUCCACAUUCAUCGAACUGUCGCCGGAUAAUCUCACUCGCGUUCCUGAGAAAGGUAUCCUCAAGCAUGGCCGGCCGGAAUGCUGGGAAGAAGGAGACGAUGCAGGAGAUGAGAACAUCAUGGACUCCUCCAGCGAUGUAGAAAGGACUCUCAAGAAUAUCAAUGGCUAUCACGAAGAAAUACUCGAAGCUCUCCAUUCAGCAUCACAGAGGUUAGGCGAUAGCAAAAGAAGUCCUUCGCAAGAGAGUCACAAAAGUGUAGGAGAUAUGAACUAUUCUACACUUGGUAGCGUGAAAGGUAGAGAAGAUCAACGAGAUGACGAUAUGGAUGAACCUAUUCCUGUUCCAAUACGGAUUCGCAACCUCGAAGAUCUACUUCGGCAGCUGGAACACCAUCCUUUACAGCAGCAACAGCAUAUGUCUCCAGCAUGUUCAGACGAGAUCCGACUAAGCGAGCCGGAGGCGGACAGGCACUACUUGCUUGGCAGGCAAGACCGCUCCGGCAGCGAGGGUAAAGUGGACCCUGGUCUCCAUUACCUGCUCGGUCGGCUUCAGGCAAGUGGCGCUUCUUCCACCAAACGAGGGCACUAUUCCAUGGAAGAGGACGAUGAUGAUGAUGGUGACCAGAGCGGAGAUGAUGAAGGCAGUACUUAUUCUUCCCAUCAGCUAGUGAGAAGUGCGAGUGAGGAAGCUUUGCCCGUCACAAGCAAGAGAGACUAUUCUUAUGCCAGAAAAUCCAAAGCUCGCCGUGUGCCAGAACCUUGUGAUUAUGCACCAAGUCCGCCGCCUUCUGAAGACUCGUAUGCCAACUCUUCAGAAGAAAACGCCUUCUUGCCGCCCCCAGCCCCGGCCUCGAUGAGGGGCGCCCGAACAGCCAAAGUAGAACCCGAGCCCCAAGGCCCGCCUUCUGCCAUUUCCACAGGCUCACUUCCAUCAGGUGCAAAGAGGAAAGCAAAGAAAAAAUUCCCGGAAUAUAAGAUGUCAUCUUUACGAACACAGCGAUGGUAACUGCACACAAGAUCAGCCCAGAUAUCCCCCCUUGCCACACAUCUCCGAAGGUCCCGAAGGAGUGUGCUAAUUCGGACAAAGAUCUGGUCUGUUUCUACGCAAAAUGGCGUAGCUUUUCUAAACAAGACUAAUAUAAGUAUUAAUAAUAUAUCCACGGCGCAAUGAGUUGAAGCGAAAAAAUAUUCAAUGCUGCCGAGCCAAAGUGUAACAAAUAAGGGAAAAAAUAAAAACCCUGUGGAGAUGACAUUCAUGAGUGGAUACACACGAUCAUGCUUGCUGGAAAACUCGGACAUUGUCCAUCUGUUAUAUUAGAAUACAGAAAAUACAGUGCUAAGAUAAACUAAAGAGCUGGCCGCGAGUUCAUGCUGUCAUCGGCUGCAGGUCAGCCAUCUUGUCAAAACUCAUCACAGACGCCGUUUAUAUCUUCCUGCCGCAGAUGAAGCACAGCAACGAUUUGCGGUUCAAAAAUAUGUUUAUAACUGUUUGCCGAAGAAGUAGUUCCAAUGCAUCAACUUUUCUGAUCAAAAUGGGCUUCUAAUUUAGAGAGUGCAAAGAGGGACCAGUGUACUAAACAGGAGAACGCAAUAACAUUCCAUUUGACGCUUUCAUUUUUAUUCAUAUUCUUUGUAUGAUAUUUAAGUAUGAUCAUGUGUGACCACCCUUUUAAAUCUGAAACGUGUGUAUAUCUAGAUGCAAUUUGAAGCAUCGCAAUCCACCCAAGUAAAGCACAGCUAACUUUAAGACACUCCGAUUUCCCGCUGGUAUUGCAGAAAAAUCAACACAAGAUAACAGCAAUAUAUAAAUUCUAAACUUACCUGAAACCUGUGUUUUCGAUCUUAUUAAGCCUGAAUCUAGAAAUACAUAUUUUUACAAUACGAAUAUCCCAAUAAAAUUACGUUUAGAUUCCUCUUAAAGUUUAAAUACCACAUGGCAGCAACAGCUAAUUAGAUAUACCAGUCACUUUCAGAAUUAUGGUUGCUUCCAAACUAAAGAAUUAAUUAAGGAAUAGCUAAACGGUGGACAUUUUGCAUGUUACGCACAAAAUGUAAAAAAGUAAUAUAAAGUUAUAUAACUAAAUCUAGAGGUCGUAUGAGGAGUUGCCCCAAAUAGAUAGCCGUUGCGGUGUACGCGUUUUGGAUAUAAGGGAAUAGUACGUAAACUCUAGUUGUGUUUAUGUGUUACUAAAGGGAUCGAACAAACACUUGCUCUACAGUACGAAUGAAUUCAGAGUCUUUCAAAGUUAAGACCUUCUAUAAAGAAGAGUCUAACAGCUUGACAAUAUUUAAACUCCAAAGCCAGUAUUUCCUGUUUGCGGAGAAGUGCGCAGAUCCCAUUGGCGAUAUCAGUUUUAGAUAUUGGCACUUUAUCUGGCAAAAAGUACAAAAAAAGUAUAUCACUAGACUUCUAUAGACAUCCAAUUAAAUAAUGUAGUUCAUUUUAUGCAUUCUAUAAAAAGUAGCACAUUGAGAUUUGUUAACAUGUGUUCCAAAUUAGGAAACAGAAAAUCAUAAAUUCUUUACUGAGUAUAGAAUAUUUUUACGGAAUAAUUAUAGUCAAAAAAACUAAUGCCUAAUAUUUACGAAAUAAAUGGAAAAUGUUCCAUAUUAUGCCUGUUACACUUGCUUUGUAACUAACAUAGAUAGAAUUUUAAAAUAUAUAAAUGGUGUGAGCCGUUAGCUUUCAGUCUUUUAAAUCAACUACUCAGCUAAAAUCGUAAUCAGCAAUUAUUAAAUAACAAAGGGAAACAAACGGUACUUGCACUGAAAGUUUUAUUAGACUGAAAUUUCAAAGAGUAAGGUUAUAAAAGUGUCUUUUAUACUAUAUGCAUGACUAAAAAUUAAAGGAAGAACUUAAAAAGUGUCUUGUGGAACAUAAAUUGUACAUUCUGCUCACACAUUUCCCCAAGAAUGGGACAGUUCUAUAUCUCUCUUCUACUGGACCGAUUGAUGAAAUUUAAUUUGAGUUUUUCAUGUCUCGAAAGCGUAACUUAGGAUAUAUAUUAGAUUUAUAUAUUGUAUUGUUCUAGCAUACUUAUUUUGACAGAAAAUUGGACUUUUUCUGAAAUGACGUAGCAAUUUUUUCCAUAUUUUGGUUCUACGACUGGAAAUAUGCUUUCAAGUUUAAAUUUUGUAAAACUGGAUGAGAAACUUACCGAGAAAUUUAAAAUUUUAAAUUGGCACACUUUUUUCAGCUUGCGCCAAGAACUGGCAAAAUUCUUUCCAAGAACUGGAAAUCGUUAACCUAAUUUCCUAUCUAUUUUUUUGUGCAAGGAGGGGAAAAAAAAAAAAAAAAACGUGCAUCGUUCAUUUUUUUCACGUAAUUUAACAAAGUGUUUUAAAUCCCAUUUGACGUCAUUAACGCCUAUAACAAUAGUUUGGCUUAUUUAAUUAUGGCAAAGCACACUAGGACUAUCUGCCUAAGGGGAUGGAUGGGGAGGACUUUCUAAGGGAAACUGGCUCGUAUACACGUUACACAUGAGGAAAACCACGGAAACGCC